CAGAAGAAGAAGAAGAAGAAGAAGAAAAUGGCUGGACAAAAGAGAUAUUGUCUGCUUCUGGCAACAGAGGACAGGGAUUUCGUGAAGGACACAUACGGAGGUUACUUCAACGUCUUCAAAUCCCUCCUCGCCGAAGAAGGAGAGCAUUGGGAUUCGUUUCCUGUCGUCGCCGGAGAAUUUCCCGACGAGAAAGAUCUCGAUAGCUACGACGGUUUCGUCAUCAGUGGUAGCGCUCAUGAUGCUUUCAAAGACGACGAUUGGAUCCUCAAGCUCUGUUCCCUCGUCGAGAAGCUCGAUCAGAUGAAGAAGAAGCUCCUCGGCAUCUGCUUCGGACACCAGAUUAUAUGCAGAGUAAAGGGAGGGAAAGUGGGGCCAGCUCGCAAUGGACCGGUUCUAGGGUUAGGGACGAUAACCCUAGUGAAUGAAGCAGCCAAAAUCGGUGAAUACAUGGAUGGAAUUCCGACAUCAUUAAGCAUCAUUAAAUGCCACCGAGAUGAAGUGUUGGAACUCCCUGAAGGUGCAAAAGUCAUUGCUUCUUCUGAAAAGUACGAUGUCGAGAUGUUCUCCAUUGGAGAUCACUUCUUAGGCAUCCAAGGCCAUCCCGAAUACAACGCAGAGAUUCUAUUCUUCAUCAUUGACCGUGUUCUUGGUUUAGGUUUCGUCAAGCAAGAAUUUGCUGAUGCGGCGAGGGCCACAAUGGAGGGCACAGGACCGGACAGGAAGCUUUGGGAGAAGCUCUGCAGGGAUUUUCUCAAAGGACGUCAGUGAUAUUUGGCCUGAUUUUCUUUACAGUUUUAAUAUAUAAUUCACCUGUGUUGUGUUUUAUUUUGUUUUUGUUUGUUGUUAUAUGAGACUCUACCCCAAUGAUGAUGUCGACCUUUUUUUUUUUUUGAAUUUCAGACAUUUUUAUGGGUUUUAUCCUAUUUGUAUGGCAGAUUCUCUUUGAUCAUGAAUAAAGGCAUAACAUUU